AUGUCACCCGCCGGUUACACACACGGUGACACGCCGCAAAAGGCCAUGGUCCGAGGCGCGCUGUCGUACCUGCGGGCCACGGGCCUCGUCGUCAACAAGACGGCCAUCUUUCGCCACUUUGGCCUGUCGCGGGCCCAGGGCUACUCGGCCAUUACGGCGCAGACGACGCGCGCCGAGGAGCCCGACUGGGUCGAGUCGCGCGGCCGCCCGGCCAAGAUCUCCAAGCCGGUGCUCAAGUUUCUCGAGUACCUGCUGUGGAGCGACGUCGGCUGCGCGACCUUUGACGAGGCCACGACGACGACCAUGCUGGCGGCCCGGGCGUGGAGCGAGGAGUCGCAGGACAGCGGGCACGCCACGACGGAGGACGUGGGGGGGGCCGGCGGCGGCGAGGACGUUGAGACAGCGGCGACGGCCCCGGUGGGUGUUGUCGCCGCCGCCGCCAAGGUGGAAGGCCCGACGUGGGAGAGCAUGAUGCGGCAGGGCAGGGCGUUUGGGCUGCAGGCCACGUUCAACGCGCGCACGAUGCGGCGCGCCAUGGGAACGCUGCUCUACCGCCGCUGCCUGCGCUGCGAGGGCACGUGGGUGAAUGCGCGACACCGCGCCGCGCGCGUCGAGUACGCCCGCACCAGGCGCAAGGCGCUGCCCGACGCCGAGGACUGGAAGCGCGUGCGCUUCAGCGGCGAGCUGCACUUUGCGUUUGGCGUCGACGGCCGGGUGCGCCUGCUGCCGCGCCCGGGCGAAAAGUACGCCUGCCCGCCGUGCCAGACGGCCGCCGACGAGCAGCAGCAGCCGCCGCCGCCGCCGCCGCUCGGCUGGGACCGCGACAUUCGCCGCGUGCACGCCUGGGCGGCGAUUGGCUACGGGUACCGCAGCGAGCUCGUCUUCUACGACGAGCAGACGGGGCCCAAGUCGCUGGGCAUCAUGACGCCGGCGGCGUACCGGAGCGUUGUCCUCGAGCAGCACGUGCAGGGUUGGGGCGGGGAGGAUGUCAGCGGCGGCGUCAUAUGGGAGGAGGAGCACAACCCGCACGCGGCGGGCGGCAACGCCAUCGACAAGGUCGCCGAGGCGUGGAAGGACGCGCGCGGCCUGCGCCGCCACCGGGGCUGCGCCGACGCCCCCGACCUCUGCCCGCUCGACGUCGUCUUCCCCCCCGGCAAGCAGUGGACCAUGGAGCCGCCGCUGCAGGACUGGGAGCCGGCCACGCUGCAGCGCGCCGCGCGUCAGGCCUGGGCCGCCGUCGACCAGGAGCGCGUCAACCUCUGGGUGGAGCUGAUGCCGCAACGCCUGGACAAGGUCAUGAAGGAAGGGGGAGCCAUGGUGCCGUGGUAG